AUGGAAACCAUGCAUGAGCUGAUCCCCUUUGCCAGAGAAAUGCUCAGCCAGAAGCCCAACAGGAAAAUGGUCAAGCUGUACAUGCUGGGCAGCGCACUGGCUUUCUUCGGGGUGGUCAUCGGUCUGGUGGAGACGGUUUGCAGCCCUUUCAUCUCUGAUGGGAGGCUAGAGGAGGAGGAGGAGGAGGAGAAGAAGAAGAAACCUGCCCCGAUGCAAGAACAAAUGCUUGCCCAGAAACAGGAGGAUUUGAUCUUGGAAAAGAGCAAGAAGCCGGUGGCGGUACAGAGGGCCCAGGCGACCAGACAGCCCGGCCUCUAA